CGCCCAGCCCGGCCGGCCCCGGGCCCCCGAUUCUGCCUGCGCUGUGCCCCCCCCCAGCCGCCGGCACGGCCCCGCCCCCGCUGCCCCGGUGGUGGCCCACGGCCCCCCGGCUGCCCGUGGUCAAACUGGAGUCGCUGAAGCGCUGGAACGAAGAGAGGGGCCUUUGGUGCGAGAAGGGGGUGCAGGUGCUGCUGACCACGGUGGGCGCCUUCGCUGCCUUCGGCCUCAUGACCAUCGCCAUCAGCACGGACUACUGGCUGUACACGCGCGCCUUCAUCUGCAACACCACCAACCUCACGGCCAGCGACGACGCGCAGCCCCACCGCGGGGGCGGCGGCUCCUCUGAGAAGAAGGACCCCGGCGGCCUCACCCACUCGGGGCUCUGGAGGAUCUGCUGCCUGGAAGGGUUGAAAAGAGGCGUCUGCGUGAAGAUCAACCAUUUCCCGGAGGACACGGACUACGAUCAUGACAGCGCGGAGUAUCUGCUCCGAGUCGUCCGGGCCUCCAGCAUCUUCCCCAUCCUCAGCGCCAUCCUACUGCUGCUCGGGGGCGUGUGCGUGGCGGCCUCCCGGGUCUAUAAGUCCAAGAGGAACAUCAUUCUGGGCGCAGGGAUCCUGUUCGUGGCAGCAGGCCUGAGCAACAUCAUCGGCGUGAUCGUGUACAUCUCGGCCAACGCGGGCGAGCCGGGCCCGAAGCGGGACGAGGAGAAGAAGAACCACUACUCGUAUGGCUGGUCCUUCUACUUCGGCGGGCUGUCGUUCAUCCUGGCCGAGGUGAUCGGCGUGCUGGCCGUCAACAUCUACAUCGAGCGCAGCCGCGAGGCGCACUGCCAGUCUCGCUCGGACCUGCUCAAGGCCGGCGGGGGCGCGGGCGGCAGUGGCGGGAGCGGCCCCUCGGCCAUCCUCCGUCUGCCCAGUUACCGCUUCCGCUACCGCCGCCGCUCCCGCUCUAGCUCCCGCUCCAGCGAGCCGUCGCCGUCGCGGGACGCGUCUCCCGGCGGCGCCGGGGGCCCGGGCUUCGCCUCCACGGACAUCUCCAUGUACACGCUCAGCCGCGACCCGUCUAAGGGCAGCGUGGCCGCGGGGCUGGCGGGGGCCGGCGGUGGCGGCGGCGGCGGCGGCGGCGGCGGCGGGGCGUACGGCGGAGCGGGCGCGGGCGGCGGCGGGGCGGGCGCCGAGCGGGACCGCGGGGGGGCGCCCGGCUUCCUCACGCUGCACAACGCCUUCCCCAAGGAGGCAGGCGGUGGCGUCACGGUCACGGUCACCGGGCCGCCCGCCGCGCCCGCGCCCGCCCCGCCCGCGCCCGCCGCGCCUGCCCCCGGGACCCUGGCCAAAGAGGCCGCCGCCUCCAACACCAACACGCUCAACAGGAAAACCACGCCGGUGUAGGGGCGCGCGCCGGGGGGCGCCGAGGGGGCGUGUCCGGGGCGCGUGCGCGGGCGCGCGUGCAACGAGGCUGCCGAGGGGCGGGGGCGCCCCUCCCUCCCCGCGAGCGCGCUGGAGACUGCUUGGCCUUCCCCCGCGCCCCGCGCUCGGAUCGGGGACCCCCCCGAGGGAGGGGGCCGUUGGGAGGGGGCGUCGUGUUUUAUUUUUUGGGGGGAGGG